AUGGAUGACGAAAAGAAUCUGGAUACGGCGCAGAAAGAUAUACGAGCCUUACUCAUUGCAUCUAAGAAUGGGCUUAGCAUUCAGGAACUGGAACAUGAUUAUAGAAUGAUGAUUGGUUCACAUAUACCUCUGCGGACCUUAGGCUACCGAUCUACUAUGGAAAUGGUUUUAGAUAUGCCAAAUGUUGUGCAUGUCCAAUCAAGAUGUGAUGGCACUGUAUUGUUAUCAGGUAUGUACCUUUUUAGUGUCUCAGAAGUAGAAAAACAUGUUUUAGGUAGGUAUACGAGAUCUUUCUGUAAAAAGUUCUUCUUAAUGGCCCAUCUAUAAAGGCACCUUGUGUUUUGUAAGUUCCAGAGUUAAGUGUCUCCAGGUCCUUCUCCAGUCCAGGGUAGCUCUGGAUAGAUCUGGGAAGAAUGGCAGCUGAUAUUCUUCAAAGGAGUAGGGUCAUGAACGCCUGCAUGUCAGUGCCGUUUUGGAGGCGUAUUAUGACGUCACUGUGCACUCCUGUAGCGCUUGCCGGAGGAGCUGGGAGCUUGUAGCAUCCAUCCAGAGUAAUUAAUUUGGCUUGUUUGGCCGAGAAUAGUUGGGUUAGAAGCCUCUAGAACAGGUGAGGUAUUUCAGCUGUGGCGAUAUCAUCGUGAAGGCCUCACACCUUUGUUUUUCCACUGCCUCUGGUCCUCCAUUGCCUCCAUGCGGUACUGUGUCUGCACCUGUUCGCGUCGUAACGUGGAGAGUUCCCGUUCUAGGGCAGUAAGCCGUGUCUCAUGGCCUGCUGUGGUAAUCUCAGUUUCGUAAAGGCGUGCCGUUACUCCGCUGAUCUCUUCUUUAAAUGCACAGAUGUCCGCAGCGAUAUUUCGGCGUAACUCGUCAAAGAGGGCCUUCAGGGUACCUUCCGUCACUGGUGUCCCAGAUUUUCGAUCAGACUGUAUAGCACCUUGCUUGCCUCUAGUCUGUACCUCCAGUUCCAUCAAAUCAGGUAGGGACGUUUCAUUGGACGAGCAAGACUGCCAAUCUAAGAGAGGCGCCAUGACAGGCCUCGUGAAGCAUUGGGGCCUCCAUAAGAGAUCGGCGGUUGUUGGGGGCUUAUCUGCCUGAUAUUUUUAGAGUUACACCCGAUGGUAGCUGGAGACAGCAGCUCUCUCUUGGGCAGGUUUUGUGGGUACAAACUGGUGAAAUAGCCGUUUUAGCUCGUGGCUUAGCGGAGCUCUCACAGGAUGCGUCGGAUCAGUCAGGCAGCUGGCUCUGCACCUCUUCAGGAUUGGAACUUCCAUCCAUCCUGGUAGAGCAAAUUGGAACUGACUGAGGGCACCCCUUGUACUACUAGCAUUAUUCUGACAACUUCCCAGUGCUAAAGUGGUGCCUAAUCUACUUGUCCUGACACACAAACUAAUUUCAGAAUGUGGUAUAUGCCUUGAGUCCAUGGCACUAACCUCUCACAUUCCCUGUAGCAGACCUGCCACUUGCCUACGGCAGAGGUAAAGGCAGAAAAGCUGCCUGCCCAGAACUGGGUGAUGGGAAUAUCCCACCAAUGUACUAUGCAGCCCAUAACUUAUCUUAUCAUGUCUGUGCUUACUAACCUGUUUUGCUAGGGAGAAUACCUUUCUAUGAUGUACUAGUUCAAAAAAAUAUUAAGUACUGUGAUGUGAGACCUUUUUGUAUGAACUUUAAUUUUUAAUUUUCUAUUUUCUUUUUUGUCACACAAGCUGUGGUUGAUGAAUCUACUAAAAGCAUUGCAGAUUUGGUUUCACGUCAGAAGAACCCAUCUAAAUCAAAACCAAGAAAAAGGCGUGUUUUGAGACCUAGAUAUCAUGUAGACAUAACAAGACGUGGAAGAAUAGCUCCUGUGCUCCCGGCAACAGUGAAGAGUGAUCUGCGAGACUUGCUGUCCAUUUCACCAUUGCUGGUCUCAGAAUUGGAGAAGGCCUUCGCGUCUCGGUUUGGACGUAGUUUUCAGUAUUCUCGCUAUGGUUUCUACUCUAUGUUAGAAGUUAUCAGAUCUAUCUCUGAUAUUGUUCAAGUGAAACAGACACGAGCUGGUUCAUUGCUAGUGCUACGGACACCUGAGGAUAGUGAAACAGCUGGUGAGAAGCCAAGUGAUUUAAAGGUGUUAUGCUUCCCUUUUCUUUGUUCCUCUAACCAUUAUGGAGCUAUUUUAUUUUCCUUAUGUUUCUUUUCUGUUUCUCCAUAGGCUGUAGAUUUUUGUAACUUUUUUAUUUAUUAUUUUUUUGCCUUUUGUGAAACAUCACAUUUUAGGAACUGGUUUGAAACGGGCUAGUGCUUCUUCCUUAUUGAAACAUGUAACUACUCCCAUGGCAUCUUACAGAAUUCCAGAUCAAACUCAAUCACAAGGCAUGACAAAAAUAACAUCUGUGCAAGGAAAAGGUCUGGUCAACCCAACCACCAGUCAUCCAUGUUUACAGGCUUCCACCAAGUUAGCAGAAUCUCCGAACUCCUCUGAAGUGAGCUGUAAAAAGAAACCUGUGGAGAAUACAAACAGCUUGUAUGUAAGCACUUCUCAGGAGGAGCAUCAGGUGGCAGAAGGAAGCAGAAGACCAGAAAGCCAUGCAGCUUUGAAUAGCCCCUCCAGUCCAGCUAGGUCGCCAGAUCCCAUUACCAAUAGUUCUAUCAGAAAGAAUCAUCUAUUAGAAGAAAUUAAAACUCCCGAAUCACAAGGAUCAAUGAAAGAGAAAGAUCAUGUUUCUCCUUUGGCACCUGCUAAAGAUGACAGCUUGCAGUGGCUGGAAACAAAGGUGUGGUCUAUUUAUGUACUUACUAGUACUUUGUGCACUCACUGUCUUUAGCAUAUUUCCCUGUCGUUGCUGCUAUCUUUAUACUGUCCAUAUUUCUAUCACGUUUUUUCAAAUAUUUCUUAAAGGAACACUCCACGCACCAUAGCUAUAACUAUGCCACAAUUAAAUUAUGAUGUGAUUACUAAUAUCAACUUCCAUUAUUUUGAAAUCCACGGCUUUUGGAACACAGUCCCUUUAGUGUCCUCAAUGAAAUACAUCUUCCAUAAACGCCCUAUUCACUUUUUUUUUUUUUUUGUAAAUCUUUUUUAUUGAAAAGGACUUAGCUAGAGAAUUAGGCACGCAGGCCUAAUUAUUAUUAUUUGGAACAGUGCUUGAUUACAUUGUUACUUCACAUAAAGAGCAUAAUUGCAUUUUAUAUAAGUAUGCCAUGAGAGUGUUGUUUAAACAUUUAAACUUUGUUCUACACACGGACAGGCAUAUAUAAUUGUCAUCCAAGGCUUGGUGCAUGUCACCAUGUGAGCGUCUGGCCGUUUCCCUCCAUCAAGUAUGAGGUUGAUAGUUCCCACCCCCUAUUCACUUAAAUGAAAUGUUAAAAGAGGUUAAUGGGAAAUGUAGAGGCCAUUUGUGCAUUUUAGUAUGUGCCAACUGCCAGUAUGGGAUACAUAGAGCACUCACAAAUAGCCAUGGACAGCUCUGGAUGUGCUGAGAGAUCUCUGCUAUUUCCUAGUUUAUGUCAAGGGCUGCAAAUGUGAUCCAUAGCCUAGGGAUUUGCCAUAAAUGUGUAUAUAAGUGUGUGUGUGUAAAAAUUAAAACUCUAGUUUUUAAUUGUGGGUGCUUAUUGUCCAUUUUUUUUUCUCCAACUUCCAUAAUACUAUGUAAAUGUUUUUUUUUUUCUUUGCUAGAUAAUAGUUUUUUGUUGUUUUUUUUUUUUUUUUAAAUGUCUUAUGUGUGAUUAAUCUUGCUCUAGUGCAUUGCUGUUAGAUCCUAAAGUGAAAUCAGGCUGAAAUUAGUGAAAUACCUUUUAUUUUUACAGUUGGAAAAGGAGCUGAGAUUAUGCUUGGCACAGAAGGGAGCUGGUGGAAAUAUCAGUCCAGAUCUUCGACUGGAGAUACAACACGUGGGUUUAAUAAUACAUUCCUACCCCAUAUAAAAUAUCCAGUCAGAUUGAAGGGAGAAUAUAGAAACAUGUUGUUUAUACAGUUUAAUGUAAUCAUACAGAUUUGAUUCACUAAUUUAUUGCUGUUCAGUCUACUUUUAAGUAUUCCUAAUCAAACAGAACGGUUCAUGCUGUCUGGUUGCCUACUGAUAUUACUUGUUAAUGAUUCUCUUCGAUUUCAGAUUGUCAAACAGCAUCCAGAGGGAUUACUGGUUUCUCAGCUCCCUGUUGUGUUUAAGGUAAGCACCUUUUUUGAAGUGGGCUCUGUUGUCAAAAUGUAUAUGCAUAUAGUAAGAAUUUUGUGUGAAUGAGUGCAGUAUGUGAUUCGAGAGAACUUGGAGGCAUUGGCUAGACUAUUCUGUAUUUGUAUUUAGAAUUGUCUAGGGAAGGACCUGCCAUACAGACACCUGGGGUUCAUGUCUGUAAUGGAGCUCAUAGGCUCUCUCGGCGACAUGCUUCAUUUGGAAAGGACAAAGGAUGGGAAAGACUGGUAUUUGUUUGACCUGGAAACAACAGGUAGAAAUUCCGGUAAGGACUCUGUACGUGAUUUCUUCAGUGUGAUUGUAGACGGUUGGUGAUGUGAUUAGAAUUACAAUUCAUCAUUACAGCAGUUAUAACUACUCCGUCUGCAUGGAUGCAUGGAAUAGCCUUCCAGCUGAAGUGGUAGAGGUUAACACAGUAAAGGAGUUUAAGCAUGCAUGGGAUAGGCAUAAGGCUAUCCUAACUAUAAGAUAAGGCUAGGGACUAAUGAAAGUUUUUAGAAAAUUGGGCAGACUAGAUGGGCCGAAUGGUUCUUAUCUGCCGUCACAUUCUAUGUUUCUAUGUCUUUUAACUAAAGUGUUACUAUUUAUCAGAUGACCCUAUGAUGCUGGCGUCCACUCGAUCGCUUUCCAACUGGGAUUUGCCUCAGCCAAAGGUGAUGCAUAUGAAGCCAAUGGAGCUCAAAGCUUGUCAAGCAGAUGUAAAUCUCUGGGUAUGAUUAGGAUGACUGUUUAAGCUUUAAAAGUCAUAUACUUAUAUGAGAUAUAUUAUAAAGUUAGGUGUCAGAUCUGGUGGACACAAUUGUUUUUAUUAUUUAACAGUGAGGAGGAAGACUUUAAAAUGAAGCUUUGUUUUGCAAUGCAUGUUGUGCUUUGGCUAAAUUAGAACAUGUAUUCUGUGUAUUAUGCCUGCAAAAAAAAGCAAGCAAAUGUAUAUAUUAAAGGGUAUUCUAAACAAUAUAACCACUAAUUUUAGUGGUGUUGGUUUUAAAGAGUUUUCAGGUACCAACACGCAGGUUUGUGUCAAAACUCUUUCAAGUGGUUUGAGGCAAACUGGGGUUCUUUUGGCACAUAAAACCACUCUAUGUUUAGGCCCAUCAACUGUAAAUGGCACUGGUAAAGUCUUGGUUUUUUGUCAAAGUGCUCAAAAUAGUUUGAUGCAAACAUAAAGAGAUUGGCCAGGGUUACCAUGGUUCCCAAAUAAAGACAAAAUAGUUAUGUCAAAUGGAUAAUGGUGCUGAUCCCACACGCUGUGGCUCUUACAGUGAACAGUGACAAACAAAAUACAGAAAAGGGAGGGAAGCGCUACCAGAAAAUUGUGAAUGUAAGUGCUACCACAUUUAUUGAAGAGGAAGCUUUUUGGGAAUAGCCUUUUCUCAGUGCAUCUUUUUUUCUGAAGCACCACCUCUCUGUUAAGGCCACAAACAUUUACAUGAACUAAAACUGACCGAUAGUACGUUGUGAGAUGGCCAACUCUUUAACAGCAUGUCAGGAUACACAUUGGCUCUUUACAACCGUUCCUUAGGUUUGCAUGACAUGGUCACUUUUACCUACAUUCAGAUUAUUCAGUCUUCUAUGGCAGCUUAAAGUUUAUAUUUCCCAUGUAAAGGGGGGGAAAAGGCUGCAUAAUGUGUGAUUUAUUCUUUAAUAGUAAACACUUUCUCAUUGCUUAUCAUUAUGUCUUCUUUGUCUUUUAAGUGGGGACCUCUGGAAUUACAAUUACCAUUAAAUAAAGAGAACGAAAUCCCUCCUGAUGCUGUUAGACAGCAGAAACUACACAGCUUAUCUCGUAUGAAACGUGGCUUUAUGAUUGGUGUUCUUGUCGAAAACAUUACAUCUCCCAGUGAGUUCUAUAUCCGGUGCUAUGGGAAAGACACAUCUGAAAAGCUGGAGGACAUGAUGAUAGAAAUGAGGUGAAAGCAAGAUUUAUUUUUCUUAAUUGUUAGUUGUUUUUUUUUUUUUUUUUUUAUUGUUAAAUGGAUCCUAUAGUGCCAGGAAAACAUACCUGUUUUCCUGGCGCUAUAGGCUCUUGGAGUGCCCCCUCCCUCGGCGCUGAAGAGGUUAAAACCCCCUUCAGCCACUUACCUUAGUCCAUCGCCGGUGACCUCUGCUCCCCCGCCGACGUUCCCUCCCGAGUGGAGUCGAAUGCACAUGCGUGGCCAGAGACGCAAUCAUUUAAUCCCGCCAAUAUGAAAAGCAUUACUCAAUGCUUUCCUUUGGGGAUCUUGUAUGACGCUGGACUCCAUGAGGACGUCCAGCGUUAAAUAGAUGCGAUUUACUCCAUGUAAAUGGCGGAAUCGGCCUCUAGUGGCUUUCAGGGAGACAGCCACUAGAGGCUGGAUUAACCCUGCAGUAUAAACAUAGCAUUUUCUGGGAAACUGCUAUGUUUUCAGCUGCAGGGUUAAAACUAGGGGGACAUGGCACCCAGACCACUUCAUUGAGCUGAAUUGGUCUGGGUGCCUAUAGUGGUCCUUUAAUAGUUGUUAAAUUAUAAAUUUACGUGUUAAGCUCAUAGAUAUUUUUGUACAACACCUUUCCCCAGUUAGUACCAAAUACGUGUCCAGCCCUAGUAUCGUUUACUUAUUAGGUUAGUGGUUAUUAUUGAUUUGCAUUGUCAGGGGAAACAUGCUUAAAAGGACACUAUAGGCACCCAGACCACUUCAGCUCCUUGAACUGGUCUGGGUGCUGUGUCCCUAUUGCACUUAGUUUUGCAAUGUAAAACAUUGCAGUUCAAAGAAAAUGCAACAUUUACAUUGCAGCACUUAGUCCGCCCCCAAUGGCUAUGUACCAGACCGCCACUAGCGGUGCUUUCUGCUUGCUAGUUGGCUUUUGGUCGACUAACUCACGCUGGACAUCCUCACUCUCUGCAAAAGGACAUCCAGUGUUUGCUAAAUCCCUAUAGAAAAGCAAUGAGAUCAUGCUUUCCUAUGGGAAGGGCCUAAUGUGCUUGCAGCGCUCACCAUGCAUGCGCAUUAGGUUCCUCGGUCUUUGCAGUACUUGGUUUAUUGAGACCCCAUAAGAUUUAUUUGCAGGGAAUGCUAUGUGAAUUUCAAUUUCAGAGUUAUGUGACUAAGUACAUGAAGUGUGAAUUGCUGAACUGAGAACACAGCUGGUUUGUGGAAUGUUUAAAAUUGGGCUAUUGUGGCCUUACAUUUAAAAUUCACUCUCAAGUCCUGACAAUUCCCAAUACUGUAUAGCUACAUUUGAGGGCCAUUUCUUAUUCCUUUUGUAAAAACAUAGCAUUCUAUCUUUCCCUGUUCUUAUUUAUUUAUUUUUUUAAAGAGAUUGACCCCAGAUGUGAACCCAGAAGCAUUAGCAGUGUGGUGGUGGUGGUGUUGUUUUUGGGUGGGAUGUGACAUAGAUAUCUUUAACAUUAAAGGAACACUCAAGGGUGCAAUGCAAUAGUAAUUUGUUUUAUGCACUAGGUAAGAUUUUUUAAAUAAAUAUGCACCAGCAACGUAACCAUUAUUACAAGUAAAUUCACUGCCUACAUUAUUUCCAAGUAUGUCUUCACUACCUCUAAUUCUUCAAAACUCAAGGAGUUGUCAGAAACUCUCUAUUCAGUGUGGUGCAUAUAUAUCUCUGAGCAAUGCCUUCUUUAUUACUUUUUUACCUUCGUCAGUUUACUAAGAGGGGCGGGGGGAGUCUGUAAAGUAAACACAGCCUUCAUCUGUUUUUCCAUACAGAAGACUGUACUUAAAGGACCACUCUAGGCACCCAGACCACUUCAGCUUAAUGAAGUGGUCUGGGUGCCUGGUCCAGCUAGAGUUAACCCAUUUUUUUUUUAUAAACUGCUAUGUUUAUAAAUGGGUUAAGCCUUCCUCCAAGUCCUCUAUUGGCUGUCUCACGCUAGAGGCGUUUGCAUGAUUCUCACUGUGAAAAUCACAGUGAGAACACGCAAGCAUCCAUAGGAAAGCAUUCUGAAUGCUUUCCUAUGAGACCGGCUGAAUGCGCGCACAGCUCUUGCCGCAUGUGCGCAUUCAGCCAAAUGGGAGGAUCGGAGGAGGAGAGCUCCCCGCCCAGCGCUGGAAAAAGGUAAGUUUUAACCCCUUUCCUCUCCCCAGAGCCAAGCCGGAGGGGGUCCCUGAGGGUGGGGGCACCCUCAGGGCACUAUAGUGGUCCUUUAAUUUGCAAGCAGAUGCUUGGGGUCAGCUACCCCAUAAUACAUUGCUGGAAGAAAUAGCCAGGACAUGCCGAUAUAGUCUUCAACCAAACUACUUACCUUUCCAAGAAAGGAAAAUGAUUCAAAACGGUGGCAGAGAUCAGUGAAUUGUAUUGACAAAUGUGCAUGAUUUGUGUUUUUUCAUAAUGAAAUAUUGACAAAAUUGUAAUAGGUUUAUAAUAGUUGUUACAUUGUGAAUUUGCUGAGCUCAUCUUUAAAUAGAGAGCGGCACGCACACAUGAUUUUUAAUUUAUUUACUUUACCAAAGAACAUUUUUUUCAACAAAGAUUUAAGGUGGUAAAGUUACCGAAUUAAAAAAAAUAAAUAAAUAAUUACAACUAAAGCAAUUUACUUGUUUAUCAUAAACCUGCUUUUGGACCAUAGCAUUGCAUGCUCUUGCUUUAUCCCACUGGCCAACUGAUAUGGGCAACUGCACAAAGAAUAUUAAAGAACAAUGCUGUUGGAGAUCUCAUACACUAAGUCUGUUUUGUUCAAGUUAAAGCCCUUACACCUCUUCUGGGCCUCAAUAAAGGUGUAUAUGUUGUCUUACCUGCUGUAUCUAAAGAAGAGGACUUGGCAAAAUAAGGCCCUUCUGCAUGAUAUCCAUAAGCUGUUAGAAGCCAGUAUGUAAUUAGUUAAGAAAUAAUUUACUGCCCUGACUGGUCAUGUGGUGGUGGAGAAUGUGGGUGACAAGCUAUGCAAAGAUACAUUUGACCAGAAAUCCUGUUCAGAGUUGUCUGUCUGUGUAAAGAACUGACCUAAAGACUAUGAUCUACUAAGCAACCCCCAGUUUAUUUCCACUUGCCUGUGUACUUUUAUUACCCUCUACCUCUUGUUCGCUACCCAGGACAUCAUAUCCGGAAAUCAGAGUGUCCAGAUGCUAUUAAGCGGGAAUAACCUGUGUUUCUUCUGGAACUCUGGCUUGACCACACUCAACCCCUUUCUCCGGUCAUAUUGUACCUCGGUUUUCACCACCUUCCCAACAACCCAGGAUGGCACUUUUUGAAAGGAAUCACCUACCCCUUUAGUCCACCAAUCACUCUCUGUAACCAACAGGGAGCUCCCCUUCCCCACCAAGAUAUAAACCCCAUUAAUAUACAGAGAGAUAGCUCUGACCACUUUAGUCAUCCUUUCCACAAUGGUCGGCUGAAAGGCGAUCACAUUUGGACAAUAUACCAUGGAUCCGAGCUUUAUUUUUACAAAAACGACCUUUUAAAUGAUGUAUGACAUGUGGAGUUACCUUGAGGUUUAAUGCAUGUUUUGGGGGUAUUUCUGUAUUACGUUCUCUGUAUCCAGGAGAUGAUUAAUCCACCGAGGCUCAACUCUAUUAUCUCCCAGAGAGACGCCUGGGCGGGCUUAAGAGUUUCUGAAUAGACACCCCAUGCUGGAGAUCUGGGUAUAAAUGUAUGUGCUUUUGCCUAAUAAAACCAGUUGUUAUAUCCUUCAUCAAGACUCAACUGAUAUUUGGGUAUAUGGGAGCUGUAAUCACUACUUCACUGCAGGACCUGGGAGAGAGACUAUGACAGAGAUACCACUCUGGGUACAGGCGCUCCUUUACAGUCUGCAUUGCAAAUAUGGAGGUCCAGAGCAGAUGUCCUAAGGAUAAACUAGCUCCCUCAAUCUAUUUGCAGGAUAUUUUCUACACUGUUGCCGCCCUAAAUAUUACAUGCUUAUUCAACUUGAUUGAUGUUUUCAGCUCAGAGUCACCAAAAGUCCUGGCUGAAGCUGCAACAUCUGUCCUGCUCAUAUUCCAGCAUGUCUUGCUUAAAGACUUGUUCAUGAAGAAUCUGAGAUUUCAACCAACACUGACUUUUUCCCCCUGACCUUUUAUAGGACUUUUGGCUUGUAGUUGAGCAUGGGAAGAGUCAUAGCAUUCCCAAAUAGCAGAGGCCUGAGACAUUGCAAUUAUGUGUCCCUCUUUUGAGAGCUUCUUUAGCCUCAGGCUCCCCAGUCUAAAUUUGAGUCCACUUACUGCUAAAGCUACCGUUUUUGUACUAUCUGCAUUGAGCUUUAUCCACAUGUUGUUUUUCUUCAUUUUAUAGUUCUAUCAGGUGGUCCAUAAUGUAUUUAUUUGUGAUGUUUUCACCCACAGUAUCAGUCAGUAAUCUGAACUAGUUAAGCCUAUCGUUAAGAUUAGUUGUUGGUUGCUAUAGCUAUUUGAUUGUGGUACAUUUUAUUAUAUAGUGUGGUUUAUCUAAUGUUAUACAUUGAGAUAUAUAUGUACAAGAGAGAGAGCUAUGUGUAUAUGUAUGUAUGUGAGUGUAUUUAUAAUAUAUUCAAGCUAAAUAACAAUAUUGGAGGAAAAAAGAACAGCAUCUCUGGAGCCCUUUCAGUGAUAUUGAGAAAGGACUCAUAAGUCCCUUGUCUUGUUUUAUAGGCGUUGCUAUUCUAAUGAAUGUGUUUCGGAACGCUAUGCUGUGCCUGAUAACUGCAUCUCUGUCGGGGAGAUCUAUGCUGUAAAGGUGACUGGAGAUGUGUGGUGGUAUAGAGUUAUUGUGCAUGCUAUUGUCAACGACGAAGAGGUGACUGUAUAUUAUCCUGACUUUGGCACCGUGUCCACGGUUAAGAGAUGCUUGUUGCGUUUUCUCAAGUAAGUUGGAGGUUGUUCUUUGUAAUACAGUCAUACUAAUUUUAUUAAUCUGCAUCUUCCUUCAUUCAUUGUGAUUGCUCAUCCCUUCUGACUAUCUUCUUGGAUGAACAACGAUCAUAAAAUAUUGCUUUGCAUUUUGCUUUGUCUGUUCUCUUUUGUAGUUAUUGUUUGUACUUUGAAAUUUUGCCUGCCUGCUCUUAUCUCUCUUGCUACUUUCUCUAGAAAUUGCUACAUGAGGCUUCCUGCCCAGGCUGUGCCUUCUUGCCUAGCCUUUGUGCGUCCAGUAGAGGUAAAUGAAUAACAUACAAGUAGAGCAGUGGGAAAGCUGUUGUAUUUAUCUGCUUUCUUACAACCAAUAUUAUGUUUCCAUGUAGGACUUCUGGUCAACAAAAGCCAUAAAGCGUUUCCAACAGCUGUGUGGUUGUGGCCCUCUGGUGGGCCUGGUGCUUCAGUAUGUCAUGGAUGUUUUAUACUUGUUCCUUUGCGAUACGUCAUCCGAUGAAGAUGUUUAUCUUCACCAAGUAUUGACAUCUAAUGGUUUGGGACACGUUGGUCAAGAGCCAGGAUUUUACAAGGUGAGAGAAGUCAAAAGAAAGUUACUGUGCAACAAGCAUCAAUUCAGCAUUAAACAUGUGUGAUAAAUAUGUAAGCUGCGUAGAAAAGCCUGCAAUAAGAAAUAAUUGCAUGUGUUGUAGCCCUUCCAAAAGAAAUAAAGGCAACUGUAGAUUAACCUGCCACACAAACUAAGGAACUGCUAUUAGUGUAUGAUGUAAAAAGCACUUUAUUAUGCAAAAUUAUUAUGUACUGUAUUUCUUUCAUUAAUAGGCACAAAACACUGCCAGCAAAUAAAAGCAAAGACAAAUACAGUAAAUUGCAUUGGAAGUCAUGUACUCUGAUAAGGAAUUAUAUUUUUGGAACAAGGAUGAGGGGAUGUGGCUAAAGGCAGGCUUAUGGUGUAGCAAAAAGGAUUUUUUUAAAUUAAACUCGAGGUGGCAAUUGAACAGAGCAUCUGCCUUGCAAAGACUCAUUGCGCUGCAGUGGGCUGUCAGUGAUUGGACAGCCACAGAAAGCCUGGGGUAGGUUAGAAGGGCUUGCACAUGCUUCAGACAAGAGGAAUGUAGCUUUUGCAAACUGUUUUACAUAUACCCCCAGUGAAAAAAUGGAUAAUUAAAUGCAUGCAUGUUUUUGUUGGGGGAUGUAUCUACUAAACAGUGAUUAAAAAAACAAAACAAAAAAACCCAAACAUUUUUUAGCUAUAAAUUAAACAGGCCCUGCUAUUACCUGGUUUAGUUAGCUAACUGGAGCUAAACUCAAGAGGCAGCAAGUGCCCAGAGCACCUGCCUUACAAAGACCUCUCUUUGAGCUGCAUUGGGAAGUCUGGGAGGGGUUAGAACAGGUUGGGCUCGUAAAGGCUGCAGACAGCAGAUGUCCUGCUUUUGCAAGCUACUUUUAGAUAUACCCUCAGGUUACAUUGAAGCACCCUCUGUUGAUGUUAAUUACAACCAAUUUAUUUGAUUUUAUAUCUUGGAAGCAGUUGUGCAUUAUUAUUAUUAUUUUUAUUAAAGGGACACUUCAGGUACCUAUACCUCUUUAGUAUAUUUUAUAGAUUUUUGCCUCCAUAUGCUGUAUGCUCAAAUCUUUAUAGUUUUUGCACACAAAAAAUAAAUGUUUUGUAGUAUGCAGCCUCUUUAGCUACGCCCCCUCACUACCUUAUCAAAAUGGCAUGCUCACAGCUUGGCCACUGACAGUACUGAAGGAUCUGCAUUAAAAGGACUGGACACCAUAAAGUAAGGAUAUCACUAAUUGUCUUUAGCUUCUCUGACUGUCCACAGCCAGGUUGUGCAUUAAAAACAGCUCACUCAGGCUGAGACUGUACACAAAUUCUGGCAUGAGGGUGUGUGGCAGGCUUAUGGUGCAGCAUUCUGCAAAACAUUUAGUUGUUUUUUUUUUUUUUCAAAUGAAAAUACAGCAUAUGAAAGGGGCACUCAAUGCACGCAAACAGUUCCAUCUAAAUUAAGGUAAUGGUGCCAGGAGGCCUCUUGAGGUUCUAUUACCUGAAGGGAUUAAAUUGUUCUAGAAUGUUUAAACCCAAAAUUGUCUCCAGCUGCGAUUGUUCACUUUCCCCCAUUGACAUGCGGCUUCAGAGUUUUCAGAUUCAGGAUGUGCGGAGUGCCAAUCAAUGACUCCCCAUUCACAAAGCUGGCUUGGAAAAUGCACUAAAGUUGUAUUGGUGCCCAAAGUGGUGUGUGUGUGUAUAUAUAUAUAAUAUAAUUUUUUUUAUUUUAUUUAUUUUUUUUUUUUUUACAUACUAUAACAAUAAUUAUUUUCACUGUAUAACAUCAGUAGUUUCUGAAUGUUCACAUCAAGAAAAUGUAAUACUUUGUGGAGUGUUUCUCUUCCCUUUUCAAAAUAUCGUAGAAUGUGCAGAAAUGCAAUCCGUAUAUGCACCAUCUUAAACAUUCCCCAGUCAAGGCUCCAGAAGUGUGUCUAGAGGAAUGUUCAAAGAGUUCGAUGGAAAACAAGUGUGUUCCUUCUGAAAACAUAAGUGACUAUGAACCAAUCCAUGAGGUAAAGUUAUUGAAGAGCCUUUGACAUCGACUCAAAAUUUAUAGUCAACCUUUCUCAGUUGCCUAAAAUAUUUAGGUUUUUUUUUAUCCUAACUAUUCUAACUGAUUCCAUUUUAAACUGUGAUAAUUGCAUUAGAGCUCAUUCAUCUACAGUCUGCUACAAAAGUCAAAUGUCCAUUCAGAGCAUCUGCCGUUUUUAGAUUGUAAACACUACAUUUUAUUUAGGUAACUUAAGGGUCAAUAUUCAAAAUAUUGUUAAGAUGUGAAAAAUUGUUAGAUUUGCAUUAUACCAAUUGCUCAACUAACUUUUUUUUUUUUGUAGAGUAGAUUACAUUAAUCUUAUUUGAAACUUGACUUGUCAUGCUUGUGUUUGCUAUUUUUUCUUGUUUCAUUUACAUUCCAUGGGGAGUAAAGCAUUGUUUAAUCAGUGUUGUCUUUUCCUUUCCUAUGAUAUUGUAGGAUGUGAAAUUUGAGAUGCCAUAUCUUGAAGCACUUCCCACAGGUGGCGAUAUAUGGGAUGAGAAUUGGUCUUUAUCAGGCAGUGUAGUUUCUCUUGAGGAAGCAUCCAAGCCCGCAGACCUGAACUUAAAAAUAUGUCAAGAGCAGGAGACCGAAGAUGAGGUUUGUCUUUAGUUUAGCAAUACAUGUUUGCUUUCCUUGCUGUCUAGAAAUAAUUGUUAAACGGUUGCUCCAACCACCAUGACCACUUCUGCAUUUAGAAUUAAUUAUAAUGUAAGCCAUGUCUAUGUGCAGUGUUUCUGCGUUUUUGUGCCAGAGUGUAAAUAUGAUCUAGUCAGUCGUAAGUCUAUUGCGGACUAACUAAUGUGAGUCCUCUCCGUAAAAAGCGCGCAUCUUCAGCGUGCACUAUGUGCUGCAUAUGGUCAUAAUAAGCCUAUUUUCUUGCAAGUAGCAAUGUGAGUGUACCUGCAAGGAGACAUCUAUAGGACUCUGUGUGUGUGUGUGUGUGUGUGUCAGCUUCUAAAUAACUGUCUCAUUGUAAAACUGUCCCCUCCCUCUGUUAUGCCUGGCCUCCUAGCCCUCCCUACAUUAUAUUUUGUAACUGCUUAUUUCUUCAUCUCCUCUUGGAAUGGCACUGGAUUUAACAGUAUUUCUUCCUUUUCUCUUAGCCCAACUCUGGAUUCAAGGUCAAAUAUUUUUUUUUCUUUCCUAAUUUUACAAAAAUUUAAACACAAAGUGCAGGGGAUAAUAAGUGAAAGGUAUUGAAUGCAUUUACAGCCAAAAUAAAGUACGUUUUAAUGAGGGUUGAAGUGACCCUUUUACCAAUGAUGCAAAGAAUAGAUUAUAACCGCUAUUAUCACAAGUUAUUAAAACAUUGAUUUUGUUCUCCUGCAGCCUUCAAAGCUUUCUGCAGAGUCUGAUGAUGGUACCCAAAUGCAAGAUCCCUUGGAGGAAUUUUACAUUUCUCUAAUCCAGUCCAGGAAAUCACAAGAUAAUAAUGUUGAACAACAGUCUUCAGCUAGAGACCUUCCAGAACUUGAGAUUGUCAGCCUAUCCAACAUAGAACAUGAUCCAGGUAAUUCUUCACACCGUGUUCCACUUUUGAAGUGCAUACCAUUCUGAAGAAUAAGAUUGAAUGGCUGGAAAGCUACAGGAUGAAUGACCGAUGGAGUUUGUACAAAGACAAAAUGCAUUCAGCAUAGUUUUAGAAAGUACUAAUUCUUACCUUUUUGGUCUUUUUUUGUAGGCAGCCAGUUGUCCAAUACAUCAGUUGAUGAAAAAUUAUGUGAGAAAAAUGACGUUCUCUUAUGUGAGGAACCAACAUAUUACCAGCAAGCUAGCAUCAACCCAUUUGUGGGAUUACAAAAGCUUCACAUGUCUAGAAAUACAAUGGUGGCCCUUGGACCAGCAGCUCGAUUGGCCACUUCUGGCAGAUUUAUGAAUUGGGCUACUGACCAAUGA